UGGAUUCAAUAAUGUACAGUGGUACACUAAAUGUGACUCUGAAUGGACACACGUGUCAAAGGUGGGACAGUCAACAACCACACGAACAUGUACGAAACACGACGCAUUUCUUUCCGAACGACGCGUCAGUGUUUGAUGCACACAACUAUUGCAGAGGUGCUGGAGAGUCGGAUGAACUUUGGUGUUACACCACAAAUGAAAUGGAGCGAUGGGACUAUUGUAUUAGUCCGAACGAUACUUGCCAGGAUUCAGACGUUGGUGCGCUAUCUUGUUCAUAUUUGCCAUUUGGUAAGAAUUCUACACAUUGUCCAAACAACACAUUAAACUACUACUGCGAGGACGGUUUUGGUGAAGGUAAUUCAGUCUAUGUUAGCAUUUACUAUGAGCUUGAGUGUACACGGUACAGCUGCUGUGUACCUUGGCUAAGUACAAUAUUGACUUCUUCCAAAGGCGAGUCCGUUGCAACACAGGCGUCUGACAACAUUGACAACAUAUCAACCAUAUUUCCAGAAGAAGACAGUUCAACAACAUCUGUUAUUGAGAUCACAACGCCAAUGUCAAGUGGAAUAUGUUCGACAUCAAAUUUCAAUAUGUAUAUGCUACUAUUUGUGCUAUCAAUUUUGCUGUUGCCUUAACAUUUAUAUCAAAACUUUUCUGCCAACUGCAUCACAACCAAACCGUUCAAUUAUAAAUCUUAAAUAAAUGUCAUUCCUGAAUAUCAAAUUUAUUAUAAUAUAAAGAUACAUUUAAUGACGUAACAAACAAGACAUAUCCUUCGAUCAUC